UCAUGGAGGAGGGAGGAGAGCCGCAGGAGGGCGAGACGAAGUACCGUGGCGUACGGCGCCGGCCGUGGGGGAAGUACGGGGCCGAAAUCCGCGACUCCACCCGGCACGGCGCCCGCGUCUGGCUCGGCACGUUCAACACCGCCGAGGAAGCCGCCCGAGCCUACGACAAGGCCGCCUACGAGAUGAGGGGCGCCGUCGCCGUCCUCAACUUCCCCAGCGAGGCCCAUUCCCGCGGCACCUCCUCCUCCUCAUCAUCAUCUUCUUCGUCCUCCACGAGGGGAGCUCGUUCGAGCGCGGAGAAGCAAGUGAUCGAGCUCGAGUAUUUGGAUAACAAGGUGCUGGAGGACCUUCUGGAGUCCGGCGAGAAGAGCGACAAGAAGUGAAGGCUUUGGAGUUAGCUGCGCUGUAACCGUCGAGCGUUUUUGGGAUGUGAACGCCUGAGAAGAAGUGAACUUUCUUCGUACUGCCUCAUUUUUGGUGUGUGUUGUUUAGAUUUCAUGAAGCGUGUGCAGUAAACGAAUGUUUGUGUACAGAGGAGGAAGUCUUGGCUUUUGCGGACUACAGGAGAAAGUACAGUUAGAGAAGAAACUUAAAGAGAAUUUGAAGGUCGUAUGUUUGUUCGACAGAGACGUGUGCUAACAAGUAUUUCGUUGUGAUGGACUCCACUGAAGAUAGAUAUCAAAUGUGAACAGUUACUACUCGAGGAGUUUGGCUGAUGUGUACAAGUCGUCAUUACUUUGUAACAUUUGGGUCCAAAAGUGUACUUCCUCUUCAGCAGCACCUGAAUAUAUAAUUUUUUACUUCGAUUAAAGUUCA